GAAUGAAGGGUGGAGAUGAAGGAUCGCCAAGGAAUAGAUCCAUUCUCGCACGUGACCUCACUGUCACGUCUUCCUCGCCACACGCGUCCGCUCUCGCCGCAGCUUCCUCCGCCUCCGCCCCCUCAACGACGAGGAGGAGGAGCAGAAGAGAGGAAGAAGAAGAAGGAGAGGAACAACAGUAACAAAGCAAGUAAGAUGUCUUCUUUCCGUUUCGGAUCGCGUUUCCGCACCGCCUUCUCCAGCUCCUUCCUCCGAAGCGUCCACUCUCAGACCUCGCCGGGGCGUCGCCUGGACGAUGCGGGGCCCCUGGCCUGCCGCCUCGAGUCCCGCUCCGUGCUCCGAUUCCGCGGCCCCGACACGGUCAAGUUCCUCCAGGGCCUACUCACCAACGACAUCCGCCCCCUUGCGGCCCGCACCCCUCCCACUGACAGCCGCGUCUCUCAGGCCUCCUACCUCCCCACGCCUAAUCUCACUUACCGUUCCCCGCCGCCGAUAUACGCUGCCCUGCUCACCCCCCAAGGAAGGUUCUUGUACGACCUUUUCCUGUACCGCCCCCCUCGGCCCGACGAGAAGCUCGAUGGGCGGACUGGGUCGGGGCCCGGCUCGGCCGACUCUGAGGAGCCCUUCACUUUGCUCGCCGAUGUCGACACCGCCGUCGUGGAUGAUCUUCUUGAUUGCUUCAAGAAGUAUUGUUUGAGAUCAAAGGUUGGGAUAGACAAUGUGGACAAGGAAUUCUCCUGCUGGCAACGAUUUGGCAGCCACCUUUCUAGUAAUUCAGCAUCAGCUGAAGAACCUGAGGCUGCAUCGGUUGGUUGGGGAGGAGGAGUUGGUUAUGCUGGUAUAGCUGCUGCACAAGGAAAUGAUCUUAGUUGGCAAUGGUUCAAGGAUCCUAGAUUGAAUUGCCUAGGAUUUAGAGGAAUCUUCCCCACUAAUGCAACUCCACCCUUAGUGGAGGCUGAUAAGGAAGCUAGUGAAUGGCACUACCUACAGUGGAGGUUAGAGAAAGGAAUUCCAGAAGGUUCCACUGAGAUUCCAAAAGGUGAGGCAGUUCCUCUUGAAUACAAUCUUGUGGGGUUGAAUGCCAUCUCCUUCGAUAAAGGAUGCUAUGUAGGUCAGGAGCUUGUUGCUCGGACACAUCAUCGAGGUGUCAUCCGCAAGCGGUUGCUUCCACUGAAGUUUGUAAACGACAACGGAGAAGACCUACAGCAAGCAGUAUCGCCCAAUUCAGACAUAGUAAAUUAUGCUUCCGAUAAAAAGGUCGGGACUGUGACAACAGCUCUCGGAUGCUGUGGUAUGGGACUGGUGAGACUGGAAGAGGUCCUCAAGCAGUCACCAAACCUGCGCAUUGAGGGACAGGAUGAAGUGAGAAUCAAGGCCAUGAUACCGGAUUGGUGGCCAGCAGAAUGGACACAAGUGCAAGAACAACAACAAAGUGCUGCUGCUGCCUAGAGCUAAUUAUCAAUUCUUGGUUCGAUACAAUUUGUUCAUCAACACGUGUGUGGAUGAUUCAACUCCAUCCAUUCAUUUUCGUCAUGGAAAACAAUAAGAUGUUCAGUAUCUAACCUGUUAAGUGAGGCAUAAGAGCAUGAGUUAUUUGUCAAUAAUCUCAGUUCAUGCACCUUAUGCUAUGUUUGAAUGAAAUUGAGAUGCAGAGUAGCAGUUCAUAAAUAGCUGUAAUGGCUCGAUUGAUGAUGGCUUUUGCAAUCUGCAAGUAAUUGGCAUCAAAAGAUGAGUUCUGCUGUAA